GUAGGACCGCGUUGACGCUGUGGACGAGUUGAUUUCGAGAAGGGAUCGACGUCCGUUUUGCGUAUUUAUUUAUUCGCUGUAGAAACACGGAGACUAGCAGCGUUCAAGGUCAAGGUGACAUCACGCAAAUAAAGGGAUAGAAGGCGACAGAGUUGGAUUUUUACCAUCCACGGGGCUGUACUCAUAAUCGGUACAUUUUUGGGUAGAGUGUGAAGUUUAAAGAUCAAACGAUAACAGAACAGAGAAGUCUCACGGACUUGCGGUGUGACAGUUCCCAUUACAUGGAGUAUUGAACGAGGGACGAAAUACAUUAUGAACAUGGACAACGUGGACCAGCAUUUGCUUCACCAGUUUAGUUGUCUAGGCACCACCGACAGAGAUGAUCUGGUGAAGCAGCUGCAGAAGCUGCUGGCUGGCAGCCAGCUCAACGAAACUACUGCUGAGUUCUUUUUGGAUAUGAAUAAUUGGAAUCUCCAAGCGGCAAUUUGUAGCUACUUUGACUUUGAGUCUCCAGUUCAACAUAAAUUUCCUUGUAUGAUGCUGAUAAGCGAUAGCACUAUUGGCGAAGGAGAAUCAAUACCACCACUUACUAAUUUUCGAAAAUCAUGGCAUAUACAAAACAGUGGUAGAGAAGCGUGGCCUGAUGGAGUUUGCUUACAGUAUAUAGGAGGAGUGCAAAUGGGUGAAUGUACAAAAAUACCAGUCCCAUCUCUAGGCCCAGGAGAAAUAACAGAAGUGAGCGUGGAUCUUCAAAGUCCUCCACAUUGUGGUACAUUUCAAAGUAAAUGGAGGAUGAUGGUAAAAUCUACAGAAAUCUUGUUUGGAGAUAUUAUUUGGAUAACUAUUACAGUAAGUGAAAGUGGCACUCUGGCCAUUACUCAACAACUGCAUCAAUUAAGUACUUCAUCGUCUAAUGAUACAAGGAUGUGCUAGCCCCUAAUAUCCAGAGAAUUUUCUUAAUUUUCUUCUCACAUUUUUUAAACGCUUUCGAUUAUUUUUUAAAUCAACCAAAUUAAAUAUGACAUGUUCGUUUAAAAUAUCACUUUAAAGAUACUAGAAACGUUUUUAUUUCCUUCUACAAUCACGCGAGAAAGUAAUAUUUUCAAUGGAUAGUUAUAUAUAUGAUUUAAGAUAGUACUGGACCUAGACUCUGUAUAGAAGUAAAAUUUUGUUAAAUUGUGAAAGUUGCUUAUACAAGGCCUUUUACCGUCCAUGCUUGUCAGUUACAUCCUUUUGAAAAAUCUUCUUUUACUUGAUUGUUUCUGGGAUGCAAAGUGUGGCGAAAUGAUUAUGGUUUAUACUUGUUAGAGCUGUAACAGACAUGUAUGGACCACUUUUGAAAAUAAUACUGAUAGAAAUUGAUAUAAAUAUAAAUAACUAGAAAAAAUAUAUAUAUACAAAAAAUAUAUAUAUUUUUUGCGUGUAUAUGUAUGUAUAAUUAUUAAGAUACGAGUUUAUUAAAGAUAUGAACGAAAACUUUUUAUUAGAAAAUAAAGUAUAGAUAUGGUUGAAAUAUAAUAAUGCUA